GCCAUGCAGGCAGGAGGAGGAGCGGCGGCGGUGGUGGUGGACGGCAAGGACGUGCACGCGACGCCGGCGAGGGCGGCGCCGAGGAGCUUCAGCCUCCUCAGGCCGGUGCUCCUCUCGGCGGUGCUCGCCACGGGCUUCCUCGCCGCGGCCCUGCUCAUGUUCCUCGGCGGGGCCUCCUCCUACUACCGCCUCCCGAGGCUGGCCGUGCCGGACGCGCUGCGCCCAGCGCCGGCGUGCCACAAGCAGCGCGGGGAGGAGGGACAGGAAGGCGGGGCGGCGGAGCGGUGGUGGGCGCGGCCACCGGCGAGCAGCGCGUGGCACAACAUGAGCGAGGAGGAGCUGCUGUGGGCGGCGUCGUUCGAGCCCCGCGCGCAGCACCGCCGACCGCACCGGCACGGGACGCCCAAGGUGGCCUUCAUGUUCCUCACCCGCGGCCCGCUGCCGCUGGCGCCGCUGUGGGAGCGCUUCUUCAACGGCACCGGCGCGGAAGGAGGCAGGGAGCGGCUCUUCUCCGUCUACGUGCACACCACGCCGGGGUACCGCCUCGAAUUCCCGCCGUCGUCGCCGUUCCACCGCCGGCAGGUGCCCAGCAAGGCGACACGGUGGGGCGAUGCGAACGUGGUGGACGCGGAGCGGCGGCUGCUCGCGAACGCGCUGCUCGACUUCAACAAUGAGCGCUUCGUCCUCGUCUCCGAAUCCUGCAUCCCGCUCUACCCGCUCCCGGUGGUUCAUGCCUACUUGACCCGGUCCCGAGACAGCUUCGUCGGCGCCUUCGAUGAGCCGAGCCAGCACGGCCGAGGUCGGUACCGUGUUGGGUUGGCCCCGGACGUGACUCUCGCCCAGUGGCGCAAGGGCGCACAGUGGUUCGAGAUGGACCGGCACCUAGCCGUGUUCGUGAUCGCCGACGACCGGUACUACCCGCGGUUUCGGAACGAGUGCCGGGCGCCGUGCUAUGUGGACGAGCACUACCUCCCCACCGUGCUGUCCAUUGUGGCGCCAGAGCAGAUCGCCAAUCGGACCAUCACAUUGGUCGAUUGGUCCCGUGGCGGCGCGCACCCGGCCACGUUUGGCGCCCCCGAUGUGACAGAGGACUUCCUGGGGAGGCUGGUGGGGAAGAAGGGGAGUCCUGAGAGGUGCAUGUACAACGGGCAGCCAAUCGAGGUGUGCUUCCUCUUUGCAAGGAAGUUCGCCCCCGCUGCGCUGCCACAACUGCUCAGCCUUUCCUCCAAGAUCCUUGGGUACUAGCUACGCCUUUUACUUAACUGGUUUUUGUUGUUUAUGUAUAGCUCAUACUCACAGAAGGGGAAUAGAGGAAUACAUUUUUUUUUCAUGUG